AUGCUGAGUCAGAACCGGAGCUUGAAGAUGCAGAGCGCUUCACCCUCGUCCUCUGCGAAUACCACCACUAACACAGACGCCCACUUGCGCGCGCAGCUUGAGCUACUCAGCAAGCAUACCGCGCCCGGCUCGACAGACAACGCGACCGGCCCAGCUCGUGGAGCUCGCCCUCAAGCUCCCAACCCUUUGACCGCGUCACCACCGCCGCCGGCACAUGGCUAUAGUAACGGCUCUACAUCGCCCACUGACGUCUUGCCACCGAUAGUUAAUAACCAGGCCGACCCGGAAGCGCAUAUCCACCCUGACCUUCGAGCUCGAAUCACGCAAGCUCCAGCCGUCAACAUGAUGCCCGCUGGUGUACCACCUCAACCGCAGCAGCAAAUCGCGCCUCCCGUGACGGCUGCCGGUCCUUCCAUUGCGCCUCCUACUCAUUCUCCUACAGAAAUGGACUUGGAUGACGGCGCGGAGGGUCGCAAAGCUAAGCGCGAAUUGUCACAAUCCAAGCGCGCCGCGCAAAACCGAGCUGCCCAGAGAGCUUUCCGUCAGCGAAAGGAGGGAUACAUCAAGAAGCUUGAGCAGCAAGUUAGAGACUACAUGGAAAUGGAGGGACAGUACAAGACGAUGCAGUCAGAGAAUUACGCGUUGCGCGAGUACGUGAUUCACCUCCAGUCGCGCUUGCUCGAUCUUCAGACCGAAAUCCCUCAGCCGCCGCCCAAUGUCAACCUUCAGCAACCUGCACUCCCGCCUCCUUCGGUCCCGACAAGUGGUCCUGAAGCCCCGCCUAGCAAUGCGGGUGCUGGUCCUCUUGAGGCCGUUGCGCAGGCAGUGGCCGGUCUGCAGGCACAGGAGCAGCUUGCGCAGAGAGAUCAGUUCACAAGGCCCGAGGCGGUGACUAAGGAGGAGCCGCAACGUGAGCCUGAUGGACCCGUCGACCCAUCGCUACCGGAUGGCCUUCCGGCUCCGACUGCGUCCAUGUGA